UCUCGUGUCGGAUGGACUUACUGCAGCACUGCGUGAAAACUUUUUCCUGUGGGGCGGUAGGCUCUAUACGGAUGAAAUCCGCGCAUUUCCUAGGACUAACGAACAUCUAGCUUAUAGUUAACGAAGCUUUAUUGUGAGAAUUUGAAAACAAAUGGGAAUGCUACUAGCAUAUUAAAACAAACUUUAGGCAAUGUAACGUCCGCUCGAGCGAAAGUGGACAAAUUCACCGUUUUUCUACAUUAAGAUAUAAAGAAUUGCUGGAUGGGUUUGACAUCUGUAGCACUGGACCCCUGGAGCAAGGAGGAAUGAUGUAGCAGACCAGCAGCCCCAGACCCUACAGAGUUUGACCCAGGAUGGAGCUGAAGGUAUGGGUCGAUGGAGUUCAGCGUGUGGUCUGUGGUGUCACAGAGGCCACCACCUGCCAGGAAGUGGUCAUUGCUCUGGCUCAAGCCAUUGGUCGCACGGGGCGCUAUACACUGAUCGAAAAAUGGAGGGACACUGAAAGGCAUCUCUUUCCUCACGAGAGUCCGGUCAUCUCUCUCAACACUUGGGGGCAAUAUGCCGGCGAUGUGCAGUUUAUCAUGCACCGCACAGGCCCCUCUCUGAAUGAGUACCCCCCAGCCGAAGGUCUGACACCUCGGGGCCCAGAGCGUGGCUUGCAUCGGCAGAGCCUUCCAUUGAUGGCCAAGCUCCGAGCUCCUGGCGACCGCUCCCUCCACCGUCGUGAGCCACGGCGCAAAUCUCUGACCUUCACGGGUGUGCCCCGCAGCCUCCGGGACAUCCUUAGUGGAGGCAGACUCAGCGACAGUAAGGCCAAAUACCGGGUGGUUGUAAUGAACAGUGGCCACAAUACGCAAUCAAUGUCCCCUCGGUUAUCAGGCAACCGAAUGGAGGAUCUUACCCAACUGGUGAAGCUUCAAAGGGAGACACUUACAGUUUUAGACAGCAGGGUGGAGGCAUAUGAGGCAGAGCUUCGGAUGUUGAAUGAGAAAAGAGUUGGAGUAGAGGAAGGCGAUCCGUACGUGAUGGUGACAGAAGAGAUUGCAAGAUUGGAGAAGCAGGUGCGAAAGAACAAGGUUGAGAUUGAGGAGGAGGAAUUCUGGGCCACUGAGCUCCAGAUUGAGCAGGAGAGCGAGAGGCAGCUACAGGAGCGGCUGCAUGAGUUGGCCAGUCGUCUACACAGCUGUGAGGCGGAUUUGGAGCAGCGGCUGAUGUGUAUGCAUGGUGUUGAGGCAGGGCUGGAGACUCAACGUCAGCAUAAGGAGAUCAGAGAUACGCAGCAGGCCACCGAAGGUGAAGUGAAGGCAAGACUUCAGAGGGUGAAAGCAGAACUCAAGGCUCAGUCUCAGCACAUGGCCCAGCUUGAGAAAAGCUGUAGAGUAGUAGACCGCUCGAUGGCUGAGUCAUGCAAGAGAAUGCAGGAGAGUCAGUACGAGCUGGAACAGCUGACCAAAGAGUUGAGGCAGGUAAACCUGCAGCAGUUCAUCCGACAAACAGGCACCAAAGUCACGGUUCUGCCCGUGGAGCCCAGCGAUGAGGACACCAGCAACACAACAGAUGAUAAAGAUUUCGCUUCAUUAACGGGCUCAUUGAAACGCACAGGUUUUUCUAGUUCAGUGGUUGGCAGUAUUCGUGGACUACAGAGUUCGAUAUCAUCAGCUUUAAAUCCUGAGGGCAUCUACGUUUGAGGAUGACAAACCUCUUCGGUAGCAUUAGCUUUAUAAGACCUUCUACAUUGAAGAUUUUGGCUGAAUAUGAUCCUUUACUACUCCAAGCACUAAAAGACAACAGACGGUAAACUUAAAGGUGAACCAAUUCCAGUAUUGAGCUGUGGUGAAUGUUUAUCAUGGAAAAUUCCAUGCAGAAAUCUGACAUAUGGCAAUAUAUGUAAACAUAAGCAUGAUGUUGGGCAAGUAUUGUUUACACUGAUAUAAAAAAGUAACAUAUUUGUACAAAUAUGCAAUUAAAUACUACAGAAAUGGCAGUUUUCAUAUAUGUAACAUAUAUUUGUAUAAAUAAGUGCAAUUUGAAUGUGUACAUACAGUACAUGGUGACAUACAGUAUGUGAACUAUUAUUUUAUAAAUGUUCAUUUAUGGCCAUAAAUCUGAUUUGUAAACAUCUUCCAAACAUUUUUCCUGUUCACCACAAACAGCUGAUCAUUUUAAAUACAAACCAAUUUUUAUUUUAUUUUAAUAUAUACUCCACUGAAAUGAUACCCUUAGGCUUGUCAUUUCAAUAACGUGUGUAGAUGAAGGAUUAAU